CUGUGUGAAAAAUUAAAUAUUAAUUGCGUUUUUUAGUGGUCUUUGCAUUUUAUACUACUUAAGAUAUAUUUGUUUUGUUAACUCAAAUAGUAAAAUGUUUUCUAAAGGCAAAAUUUCUUCAAACAAAGAAAAAUAUGAAAAAAACUUAAAACAGCGGUUAAAAAAAUUAUUUGCAAAUGAUUUAAUUGGAAAUCCUGAAGCAAAUUCAUCGACUAGUACGGUAGAAUCGGAGAUUUUGAAUGAAUACAGGCUGGAUAAAGAUUUUAAAUUGAAGGAGACUACUAUGAAAAAAAAAGUGAUAAAUAAAGAAAUUUUGAAUGGGAAAGAAAAUAGAAAAUCGAAAAUAAAACUGAAACCGAAAAAUCUUGAAAGCACUAAUAAUGCUAAUGAAAAUUCAAAAAAAGUAUUAAAUAAAAGAAAUAUUUUUGUGUCGAAGGAAGAAGAUGAUUGCAGUGGAAUAGAAAAAUGCGUACAAGGGCCUAUUGCCACUGGUUACGUAUUAAACACGUCACAAAAAAUGGUUAAAAAGAAAAGAAAAAUACAAGAAGACUUGAAAAAAAAAUUUGUUCCUGUAGAAACCAAAAAGCCGAAAUUACGUUCCCCAUGUGAAUCAAAUGUUUGUCAUGAAAAUGAACAUUCCAAAAGCAGCUUAAAACAAAUGCUUGAUACUAUUCAAAUAGGAGAAGAACGAAAAAAUAAAAAAAGUAGCAAGUGUGUUAAAAAUACAGAGUUCGAAGGCACAAAUACUAAGAAAGCAAAAAUAAAUAAACCAAAAAAUGAAUUUAAAGGAAAUCCAAGUAACGAAAAGAAGCGUGAUUUACAUUCAAAGGCUGGCGAAAACAUUCUCUUAAAAUCACAAAAACAAAGCAAAAAAGAACAUCAUCAUGUUGAAAGACCAAACAAAAAGCCGCAAAAAGAGAAAAAUUUAGGAAAUGGGGGUCAAAGCCUUGAUUCAAAGGAAAAAGACAAAUCAAAAUUUAAGAAAACUAAGAGUAAAAUGGAGCAAACAAAUAACGCAACAGAAAAAAAUAAUAAAACAACUUGUUACAAAAAUUCUACGAACAAAAAAAAUAAAAUGAAAAAACAAUAUAAUGGCGUUGUAAAGGAAAAUGGUUCAAAAUCUGGGAGAGAUAUUGAAAAUUCAAGUUUUGCUUCGAAUAAGAAACUGAAAAAUUUUUCCUUUAAUGAUACAUUCAGUGAGGAAGUAGUACAAGAUGAAUCGUUGUGUAGUUCCGAAUACGAUGAUUUUUCUUACUCAGAAGAGAGCUUCUUAAGCACGGAAGAAGAAACACUAGCCGAAUCAUUUUCUGAUUCCGAAUACGAUGAAGAGGAUACAUUUAGCGAUGAUUCCACGGAAUACGAGGAAAACUCUGACGAAGAAUUUAGGAAUAAAAUGAGGUAUAAUUUUGAUAGUGAGUCCAAUGAUGAGGAUUAUGAACUACCAGAAAGUGAAGAAGAUUUGUAUAUUCCUCAUGGUAUUGCCACAAAAUACGAUUUUGAUGAAAACUUGGAGGUGGAUUUUGAUAGUGAUAUAAGCGACCCCCAAAUUAUAGAGAUUCCUCAAGAGUCAGCCGACAUAAAGGAUAUUGAAAAUGAUACUGUACGUAAGGCGGAAAAGCCUAGUAUAUUUAACUCAAAAAAUAAAGUAGAAAUGAAUGGAGAUAGUGACAGUAGUUGCCCUCAAUUAGUUCCAAUCAAUUAUGGCGGAAUUCCAAACGGAAAUGGGGAAUGCAAUUUUUCCAGUAUUGAUGAAUCUGCAUCUGAAUCGACUCUUGAAGAGAUUUCAGAUUGCUGCAGCGAAUAUAGUGAAUUAACAAAAGGUUCUUUGUGUUCCAUAAAAACGGAAAAUCAUGUAAAAGAAAUGGCUUCUAAAAUGCUACCAGAAAUUUUUGAAUUGAAUAAUAGGAAUAUUGAAGAUGAAAACAUUUUUCUAGAUUUUAAUGAAACAAACUACUUUGUAAAGACUGAACCAUGUGUUGUGGAAAAUAUUUUAGCAAAUACUGAUGACCAUCGAUCCCCGAAUUCAAACAUCCACAUCGUUACAUCAUUUAAUGAAACUGAGCCAAAUGCAGAAUUCGCUAAUGAACCGAAUCCUAUUGAACAUUUUAAGUCAAAAUUUUACAAUGGAUUAGAUUCCAGACAAGUAGUGGUUUUAUUAAAAGAAAAAAUCCACCUUUAUGGAACAUUAAAACUUCAGUUACUUGCUGGAUCAGUUGAAAUUUUUGGUUAUAAGCCGUCCAUAAAUGAAUAUGUAUACUUAUAUUCUCCUAAAGGAUACAGUUUUUUAAACAUUAGGACAUGCAAAAGUAAUUCAAAUAUCGAUGUAAUGGAAUGUUUAAAGAAAUUCAAAGAUAAUUUGUUAAGUUCUGAAAUAACAGAAAUUUCAAAUAAUUUUGAUCCAAAAGUAGACGCUAUUUUGCUUUUAGAAAAAAAUUAUUCACUGAAAAGAAUUGAAUUUCUUGGAAAGAAUAUGAAAGAGAAUUUAUUUCCGAGCAUGAACCCAAUGCAAAUAGAUAGGCCGUACUAUACAAGUGAGUUUGUUUUACGUAGCAUUAUUAACAAUAAAAAUGAAAACGAAUUAAUAAUUGAUCCUAAAUGGGAAACAAUUAAUUUGGAGAAAACAACAAGGUUAAUGAUCAUUGGCGGUAAAUCCGUUGGGAAAUCUACUUUUUUGCGAUAUAUCGUAAAUAAAGAAAUAAAAAAACACAAAAAAAUUCUAUUAGUUGACUUAGACGUUGGGCAAUCUGAGGUUUUCAUUCCUCAAACAAUAAGUGCAACUAUUCUCAAUGGUCCACUUCUGGGGCCAGGCUAUUUUUUAAAUUUAAACCCGAAUAAAGCUUUUGUUUACGGAGAUGUGAAUGUAGUUUUAGCUCCUGAGAGAUACUUACAAAACAUUAAAGAUCUUUCAAAAUAUUGCCGAGAUACAGAUGAGUUUCAAAAUAUUCCGUGGGUUAUUAACACAAUGGGUUAUAACAAGGGAUUUGGAGGUGAAUUAAUUGCUGUUUUGUGCCAUUAUCUCAGACCAACAGAUAUUUUGCAAUUGCAAAGUGAAAACAUUGUUAAUAAUUUUGAUUUUUUAAUGGAAAAAGAAGUACUUGAAAGAAUUCCUCUGAACGUUUUCAAAAAAGAAAAUUUAUUACUAGAAACUUCCAGCGGAGAUUUGCAAUACUUAGAAAAAUUAAGAUUUGAAAUAACAAGUAUGAAGUCGGUUAAAAACCGAAGGAUUAACAAAAAUGAUAGUAAGAAACGCAUUUGGGAACUAUAUUCAAAAGAUAGUAGAUAUGCUAUGUUAAUAGUGAGGCUUGGAACUAUUUUAGGUGAAAAAUUUGACUGGCUAACGGAUGUUCACCCAGUGUGUUGCUGUAUAGAUGACAUAAAAUAUAAAUUUUUUAAUGAUAACAAUAUUUUGUCAGAAGAAGAAUUUUUGGAUAUUAUUAAUGCAAACCUUGUGUAUAUGUGCUGCCAAACAAAUGAAGACAGGUCUCUGGAAUGUUUUGGCAUUGGUAUAGUGCGAGGAAUUGACAGGCUUAACAGGAAAAUUUAUUUAGUAUCGUCUGUUUCAAAAGAAAAUUUAAAUCAUGUGAACUGUUUAGCAGUUUGUAGCAUGCCUUUGCCAAGUUCAAUAUAUUUAAAUCAAGGUCCAAAAAUCAAGGGAAAUGUUCCAUAUGCUUACAACACUAGUACAUUGAUAGGUUCCAAGCCAAUAAAAAAUUUCACUAGAUUGAAGCCUGUAUAAAAAAUCUGGGUGAUUUGAUUGUCAUCAUCAUGAAUAUGAAAUAUAUUAUUUUGAACUGUUUCAACUAAAUUUUGUCUGUGAUUAAUGUAAAAUACAA